GAAGAUAGUGUCAGUUUAAUAGAUGAAGGGGAUAGUGGUAGUUUGAUUGUAGAUGAAGAAGAUAGUGUCAGUUUGAUUGUAGAUGAAGGGGAAAGUGGUACUUUGGUUGUUGAUCAAGAAGAUAGUGUCAGUUUGAUUGUAGAUGAAGCGGAAAGUGGUAGUUUGGUUGUAGAUCAAGAAGGUAGUGUUAGUUUGAUUGUAGAUGAAGGGGAAAGUGGUAGUUUGGUUGUUGAUCAAGAAGAUAGUGUCAGUUUGAUUGUAGAUGAAGGGAAAAGUGGUAGUUUGGUUGUAGAUCAAGAAGGUAGUGUCAGUUUAAUUGUAGAUCAAGGGAAAAGUUGUAGUUUGGUUGUAUAG